GAUAAUAUUCAGACGCCAUUUUGGAACAGGAUUAUUAGAAUAAAUUCUUUUGAUUCUGCAGACAUUUCUUCUUACUAUUGCAGUCAUAAGAGGUUUGAUAUAAACAAUGCAUUUGGAGUUCACGCAGGUUGAUUCUUUUCUGGUGAAUAAUAGCGGAUUGACUUUUUUCUCGGCUAAAAAUGUUCACUGGUCCUUCGAGGUAGAAGAGAAAACUGUGCAGAAUGGCACUAUGCAUGAGAAAAAUAUAAGUGUUGGAAAAAAGGAUGAAAAUUAUACAAAAAAAUAUGAAGAUGACUUCUUAUCAGUCAAAGAUCUGUGCCAAUGGAAUGGUAUAAAGAGUGAUGAAGGUUCAGUUGAAAACAAAGAAAGUCAAGAUGGUAAAAACAAUUCAACACCAAAUGAAAAUACUCCUGUCGGAACCAAACCGUUGGCGACAAGGCAUAGUGAUAAGGUCAAUGCAAACUUGCAUAUCAAAACUGAGCCUGUGGAUGGUGAAAAGGAGAGAUUUCAGUUUGAAAUGAAAGAAUCAUGUUCUAUGGAUAAUGUUAAAAAUGACAAAAGAAAAUCCGAACACAGUUUUAACUCAGAAAAGACAAGCAACUUGAGCACUGGAGAGAUGGGAAAACAGUCAAUGCUCAAGACUUCAAAGAGACAACAUGGUCAAGUUAAACAAAGAAGCAGAUUUAUUGCAAACAGCAAGGGAGAAGCAUAUUAUGAAACUUGUGAAAAAGAACAGGAUUGCAUAAGUUUUGCCAUUAUAUUCGGUAGCUGUCUGAAAAUAGAAACAUCUAGAAAGGCGAUCUUAUUGCUGCUGUUGAUAGUGAGUGGACUAUGUCCGGCAUCGCCUGCCGCUAUAAAUAAUGACCCGAAAUCCCAACGCUUGGAAGAAUACCGACUUCUAUUAACCUCACAAUGCAACUACAGGGACUUGAUAAGAUCAGAGUCAUGCCACAAGAACGAAAUAUCACGAAAAACUUACAUCGAUUUUUGCCGUUUUGAGGACCUUUGUGAUAAUAAUUCUCAACCUACUUGUGUCGACGGCGAAGGUGGAGGAAUGCUUCAUAUAUGCUCUCCGAAAAACCUUACUUGUCCAAAAGGUUAUAGAAGGAAUGCAUGGCUUGAUAAUGAUACCGAUGUAGUUCAUGUGACUGAGGAAAAAUGCCCACGUGGGAGAUACCAGCCAAUAGAAUCAAAUUGUUAUGUCUCGUGCUUGAAUAAACAUUGGGAUUUGCAAGAUCUGCCGGAACAAUUUGCCUUAUAUUCUGUUGGUGACAAUAUAUCACCAACUUGGAUCUAUUGCGAUUUUGAGAAAGGUUUUUACAACAUGGAUGGGAAAUUUCUACUUGCAUAUGAUAAUCAUUUUGUGCACUAUCCUUUUUUCUGUACUAGCGUUUCCGAUAUCAACCCAUGUUCUAAUGGAGAAUAUCCGCUUCCAAACAGUACAUGUAUUGGUUCUUGCAUGAAAGGCCUUGAACGAGAUGCCCAUGACGGAUUCAAGUGCACAAAAAGUUGGAAUGGAACCGAUGUAAUCACACAGAGUGAAUUUUCUAGUGAAAAAGCAUACCAGCAAAAAACUAGCAAGACGGAUUCUUCAACCACGGGGCCAAUCGAAAAUACCAUACCAACUGAGAGAGGAAAUCAUAAACCAAAUGACGAGAAAGGACCCGUUACAACAACUUUACAGACAUUUGUUAUUGCAGUUUUAAUCGGAGUUGUUGUGCUUAUUGUUAUGGUAACUGGUUUAGUGAUCUCUUUUCUUCAACACAAGCAAAACAGAAGUAAAAUCACCAACCAGACAAGCUUCAAGAAAACGAAAAACAAGACCAUUAUUGAACAGGCUGGAAGUGUCAAUAUUUACCAUGGGCCGCUAGAGAUGCAGAAUGGUGGUACUUUAAACACGUCGUUUGAGAUGCAACGUUUUCUCCAAGGAGAAGAAGAAGAAAAAGAUGUGUGAUGUUUUGAAAAGACCAUUUCGUGACAUCCGUUCAUGACAUUAUAAUACUUUUUUUAUCAUAUAUAUAUCAUGGAUUAAAAACUGUUGUGACAUAAAUGGAUAUCAACACAGCGUGUUUUCAUUAACAUGCUUAUACCGCAUAAUUGAAACAUACACAUUUAUAAUCAUUAUAUUUGCGAUUUAAUUUUUUUGAAGCUUUACACAAUGACGUAUAGUUUAAAAAAGUUGGAAACAUUGAUGGAACCAACAAACAACGACAACAAGAACAACAUCAAAAAUGAGCAGGAAUUCUCGGCUAAGAAGUAUCUAAUCAAAAUGCUAUAUGCGAUUCUUAUUCUUGAUUCUAACCUAAUUUUGAUCUUAUGAAUCUUAUUCGGUUUUGUGUUUCGAUUAAAAAAAUAUUGACUGUUAUAAA